CCCCUGGCGGCGUAACACUGAAACUCUUCCCCUGGCGGACCGGUGAAGGAAAGAGCAGAGAUUCUGCAGACUGAGUUCAUAAUGUCGGGCAGAAAGCCCCGGUCUGUUGCAAACCCUCUGGAGUCUGCGAUCACCACACCGAGUGAGAAGAUACUGAAAGAAUGCCACACUUUAUAUGUCGACAGCGAAAACGGUACGCUGAGGAGCACAUACAGAAAGCAGGCGUCGCUAUCGAAACUCAGGGUUUCACGUUCGUCACAAGUGGUCGAAAAAGAGAAUCAUUGACGGGCAAUGCCACGCUUCACCUCUACCCUCACUUUCGACCAAUCCUUGAGUUCAAAGGUGCUAUGGACUACCUGACUGCUGAGAUCUCCACCUCCAAGCAGAAGAAGUUCAGUCUGGUGACAUUUGUGGACACGCCAGGUCUGGUGGACGGAGACAUGGUCUACCCUUUUGAUGUCAACGCCGCCAUUACGUGGUUGGGAGAACAGGCCGACUUGGUAUUCGUGUUCUUCGACCCAAUGGGCCAGGCGCUUUGCAAACGCACACUCAACAUAGUGGAGAAGCUGAGUGAGACAAGUGGAGACAAACUGCGGUUCUAUCUCAGCAAGGCAGAUGAAGCUGGGAAGGACACAGACAGACAGAGGGUGAUGAUGCAGAUAGUCCAGGAGCUGUGUCGCCGUCCAGGUCUCAACAAAUGUGGUUUUGACAUGCCUACGAUAUACAUCCCCAACCCACAAAAGCCGAGCCGCUGUGUGAACCAGAUCGAUGUGGUGUGUGAGACCAUCGAGAAGACCAUCAACCAGGCCGUGCAGAAGACCCUGGACCAGCUGGAGAAAGACUGUGACCUCAUUUGUUCCACCAUCAGCAGCAGACUGGAGCAGGACAGGGCCGACGUGACUCACAACAAAAGCGUCCGUCUUCACUCGUUCCUAUGUGGCGCUCUGGGUAUCUUCCUCCCCGCCCUCUUCAUCCUCAGUUUCAUCGUGAACACUUUCUCCCAGGAGCAGCUGGACGAGCUGCUGGGGGAAGGGCCGUCUCGGACCCUCUUUGUCUUUACAGGAAUAAUUAUGUAUAUAUGGGACUGGAUACCAGAAGAUGGACAAGUACUAUUUGUCAUCGUUUUUGGAGCUUUUUGCUACCUACUGCUUUUCCUAGCAAAAUAUUUUGCAGGCCGAGGGAAUAAGACUCUGACGAAGAAGGAGAAGAGGACGAUGGCAGAGUACAGCGAUUACAUCCAAGAUAUCGUCAAAACGAAGAAGGGGAAUCUGUAUGAUUGGUACCUGCAGCAGUGUGCCGCAGAGUCUGACUUCUGAAUCAGUUUUCUAAACAGAUGAUCAUCAGCCAGGUGAUCGGGUGUGUCUCUUCUCAGUGUGUAGCCUCUCAAUGCAGCAGAUAUCACUGCCAACAUGUGUCAUCUCAAGAGCUUCGAUCAAAGAUUAAGUGCCUUUUUUAAUCAGUACAGGAAAAGCUGGGAUUGUGUUGUUUGAUAUAAACACAGUUUAUAAUGUGAAUCGAUUUUUAUUUCCUCAAUUGUUCUAGUACAAUGAAAAGCUGAUGACAGCAGGUAAUGUUUACAAACUUUUUUAAUGACUUAAAUUUGAUAUUUUUUAUGAUGUGAACUUAAGCUCUCAUGUAGCACCAUCCUGAAGUCUGUCAUGUGUCUUAACGAAGUACUAUAAUGUUGUGCACUUAGUAAUACUACAAUAAGCAAUGCUGUGAUUACACUUGGGCAUUUUGGUUGGACAUUUUCUCAAAUAUUUUCCUACCAAUAAGACUCCAAAGUUGUUUUAUCCUACUGUUAGAUGUGUGUUUUGUUGUGUCGUUUGUGAAGCCUUCAGUUAUCUUUGGAAUGUUUUCACAUAAACCAUGGGAGUUCUGUGAUUUAGGUACUUUGAUGUAAAUGAGCACUGAACCCUUCAUGUUUUUAUAGAUCUGUGCAACCUAAAUCUAGUUGUAUCAUUAUACCAUGUGAUGCCUUUACUCCAGUGUUAGUAGAUAUAUUUAUAAUCUUUAAGGUGCUUUUACCCAAAUAAUUUAGAAAAAGCCCUAGGGGCUGUUUGCAAUAUCAUUGUGAACACUGUCAGUUUGUAUUGUGUGUUAGAAACCUCCCAGGUAUCCUCAUCCUGAAGGACAAUCUUUGUUUAUGCAUACAUCCGUGUGAAACGUGUUCAACAACUUGUGUGUGUAAGUUAAUCUAUUCGGUGUCAUUUUUGAAAAACUAUUUGUAUUGUAUGAAAAAGUGGCUCAACAAACUAGAAUGUUUUUUGAUAAAACUCAUUGAAUUCUCAUAAUCCUGCAAAUAAUCAAAUGAUUAAACAUUUUCUACUGAA